CGCGACGGCGAGAUAUACGCAGAACACAAUGGCUUCAUAUCUACGGUCACCCUUUGGGCUGGCGAAGCGUUUAAGGAUUGCGCCUCCGAAACCCAUCCAAGCCCGCACAGUAUACCAGUCUCGCCAACCGUGGCAUGGAAACCAAGCAAUCCCUCUUGAGCACCAGCGUGAUGAAUCUGUGGACUUUGACGACUUCAUGGCACAAACCGCACAAGAAGCCCGAGGAGUCACUCUCCCAGCACGCGAACCAUUCUUCAGCCCGGAAAUUCAGCGCGAACUCGAAGCCCUCCGUCUCCCUCGUUCCAUCCACCUAAACUACCUCAAGCCCCUCAAGCGCACACCCACCCACGGCGUCCCAGCCGCAGACCUACAACUCCGCUCCUACAGCGUGCGCAACCUCGAAUUCUUUGCCGACUUUGCCCUCCGCGCCGCCUACUACCUUAACUUGCCUGCCAGAGGACCCGUGCCACUUCCCAAGAUCACAGAGCGCUGGACCGUUCCUAGAUCCAAUUUCGUGCACAAGAAGAGUCAGGAGAACUUUGAGCGUAUUACGUUGAGGAGAUUGAUUCAGAUUCAGGAUGGACAUCCGGAGGUUGUGCAGAUUUGGCUGGGUUUCUUGCAGAAAUACGCUUACUAUGGCGUGGGCAUGAAGGCGAAUGUGUGGGAGUACUCGAGCUUGGAUGUGAGCAAGGAGAUGGAUGAGCAGGCUGAAGGUGCAAAGGCUUCGAUCGACGAGAGAUUGAAGUUGUUUGGCAGACGCAGUGAUCGUGUCAAUGAUGCUGAUGUCGAUGGCAUCAUUCACGACGACAUCUUCAAGGGUGCUUCUGGUUCGUUGGCACCCAUGGGUACCUAUGGCAAGUCCAACUAAGCUGCUGGGCUGCCUACCUUUCUUUGCAUCUUCGAACGGCGCCCUUUUGGCUGUGUACAGUAUUUCUUGUAUAAAAUGGUAAAAAGGAGGAAUUUAUGGUUAUCAAUUUGUUCAUAUCAAGCAGCCACCCUUCUACAUGCCACACUUUCAAAUUCAGGUUACACGUUUCCGCCUUGCUGACAAGUGGUACCCAACAUUGCUAAAUCAGGUUCUGCCCGCGACAUGGUGACAUUGCCUGAUGCCAGCGUGCACAUCGCGUGGUAUUUCCUGCAAUCCUGCAAGCAUCCUCUCGUCGCCGCGGUUUGUCCAUGUUGAAUCGCAGGAUGAAGCAAAAGAAAAACAAGGCAUCGCAACAAAAGGCACACUCGGACAUCUCGAUUGACAGCAAAGCAUGCGUUUCGAGAACAUAGCAAGUCGUCACGUGGAGGAUUGCAAGAAGAGGUACCUUUGCCCAGUAA